CAUAGCCGACGGAAACUGAUUCUCAUCAGACGCGACGCGUCCGCGAUCACGUAAGGUGCACAAGAAACCAGAAGGUUCGUACACGUUCGUUCAGUCAUUUCGGACGUGAGAAAGGAGAAGAGACAAGAUCUGUCGAUUAAACACUGCCACAUCAAAUAAAUUCUCUUCAUUUGUUCUCAAGUUCAAUUUUUUUAUCAUUGUUUGAUUCUCAAGGUGAAUCUAUUUUAUAAAAAUUGAAAAUAUUAUAUAAUCGAAUCUGCCGCGUGCAAAUUUUCCAUGCAGCGAGAGUGGAGACAACACGUCCGAAGUGACUGACUGCAACGUGAUUAGUUGAAACACAUGGUCCGGUGAUCGUGAUCAUGAUUGCAAAUCGUCUUUCGCUGAUCGUCACCCUCGUCUUCGUGGUACUGCUGUCGACUAUUCAUUCCGGAGAAGCAAUAAUAUGUUAUCAAUGCAACAGCGAAUACGAUCCAAGGUGCGGCGAUCCAUUCGAUCCGUACAGUCUUGGAACCGUGAACUGCAGUUUUCAACCACGCUUGGAACAUCUAAGUCAUUUGGAGCCUACUCUUUGUCGAAAAAUCAGCCAAAGAGUGUAUGGCAAGAUCAGAGUUGUCAGAAGUUGCGGAUAUAUUACGGACCAGAGAGACAAUGCCGAUUGCCUGAUGAGAUCAGGCACUCACGACGUUCACGCAGCUUAUUGCGCAUGCACCGGUGAUCUCUGUAACUCGGCCGAAAGCCAUACACCGUCCUUCUUACUGCCGUUAACGUCUCUGUUGACGGUUAUUUUGACGAUGCCGAGUUUAUUCCUUUCAUACCCGUUCGCAUUACCCGUCUUGACUUCGCCGCACUUCUCCAUAGCCUAAACUUCGCAGUUACCAAAGGAUAAUACUUAAUGCCUAAAACUGAAUCAACGAUAACAUAGAAAACACCGUUCGGAUCCGGAGCAACUCGUUUUCGUCCGAUUCCCUAUCUAUUCGAAACGCUACAUUUUCAGGUUAGAUCGAUUCUAGACUUGACAAUAUAAUAUAUAUAUUAUCGAUCAAUCUUAAAUAACAUUUAAAUUUUAGAAAUCAAAUAUUUCAAUAAUUUCUCUAAAUGAUCAAUUUGACUUUUUAAAUAUAUAAUAAUUUCCAGCGAAACGAAAUAUAAGGGAACUGAGAUUGUUAACGAGUUGAAUAUAAUUACAGCUAUUGUAGCUGUUAUUUUUAAAGAAAAAUGCUCGAUUGAGAGCACAGUACACAUAGAAAUGUAUGUAUGUAUAUGCCGUUCCAGGAUUCGAACAAUUCGCAAAAGUAGUCAAAUUACAACAUAGUAGUUUUAACGGUGAUACAAACUGCCAGAUACGCAAGAGCGUACUUCAGUAGUACACUUCAGGAAAAUUUAAAUGAGAAGAAGAAAACACAUGGCCUCCGCACGUGAAACCAUUCAGCGUUCUUGCAUAAGCGUAGAAAAUAAAAAGAGAAAAAA